AUGCACAGACCAGACGACGACUUCAUCAAUCAGUUCAAGGAGAAAUUUGGGGACCUUCUCUUGAGCUGCCAUGGCGAAAGAGGAAAGAGAGGCGUUCAUUUUGACGCGGGAGAUCCGAUGUUACCUGCUAGCUAUGACAAUGACAAUGAGGCCAUUGAUGUUACGUGGACAGACGAGGCAAAUUCUGCUCAAACGUUGAGACUAGAGAGCGGUUCCCCAGAACACGACGAUUUCCGUGCACCCGAUUUAUUUUCACCGAUGAUUAAUGCCAAAAAGCACAAGAAAUUUCACGAUCGCAAUCUACCAGGGUCGGGCACGGUCUCUCACAGUAACGCAGGAGACCUCCACUCUCCAAUGAUUCAGUGGCACACAAAUAUUUCGCCCACUCUUGAUUUAUCAAUCCAACGCGUUCCGCAGGUUUUUUGGAAGGGGCCCGAUUGCUUCACUCCGCUGGCUGAGUCUCAACGUUGGCUAUGUGACAAUAGAUAUUUUGGAAAGGCGGACGGUAUAUCGAGGACUCUCAUGCACCACGAUUUUGGAUACGCCACAUCCGAUGGAGCCGAUCAAGAUAUUCUGACCGAUUGUCUUCAUGAACAACCAGGUUCAAACUUUGACAUGGCCACAUCCGAGGCACAGGUCAACAAGCACUGGCCAUAUGGCGACGGAGAAAAAUUUCGCUAUAAUGUGACACUGCAAGCCCCGACGGCAAUGCUCCGGCAUGCCAACGAAAGCCUAGUGACAUACCUCAAUAAAGGUCAAACAUACAGCCUCACGGUCGUGGAUUCUAUCCCACCCUCAAAGAAGGCUGGACUUGUUGAAUAUCGAACGUUCGUGCAUGUAUCCUUCGAAGAAGAAGACCAGAGGUCAAAUUCGGAUGCAUCGUGGCAGCUAUGGAAAGAAGGCCGAGGCUUGCAAGAAGCCUAUGAGCGCAAAGGCAAGAUUUCAGCUGUCGAGUAUGCCGAUCCUUCUAAGGGCGAUGUUAGAAAUCAGGGACCUCGUCAGAUACAGCUUGAAGAAGCUUUUGUUGAUGGGUUUUGUGUCACCUGGUCAGUUGAUACAACCGCGAACGUCUAUGAGGCGGCGAUUCCGCUGAAAUUUAAUUUUUUAUCAACCGAUUUCACCCGCUUAAAAGGGGUGAAAGGGGUAUCGGUUAGGCUAUGUGUAAAAACGAAACUGAUGCGGCCAGACGGCGAAAUUAAGACCAUGGAGGACGAGCCAGAAAUGUGCUACUGUGUGAUGAAGCUCUUUAGAGAUCACGGCGCCGAACGAAAAUUAUCGAAUGACAAGACACAUGUCAAGAAAAGGAUUGAAAAGCUCAACAAACAAAUCAUCGACCGAGAGACAGGUGCAGAUUUCGGUAGACGAAGUCGCAACAACAGUUUGAUGAACGGUGGACAAAUCGACAUUCGGCCUCAGGAUAAGCGCAAGUGGUCGAAGAGUUCGUGCAACAGCCCUAUGUCGGAUACGGACCUUCACGCCGAGCUUGCUACAACGACCGAGAUCCUUUCAUCGGCCCGUCCGGUGAGUGUACUUAGUCUUCGUGGUAACGUGAAGGAUGAUCCGGAUCUACAUCCUAUCUGUUUAUCAGAUGGAUCAAGCACUUCUGUGAAAGAUGCGUUCUUGGACAAUCAACAUAGCACACGUGCUAUAACCUUGGCCCCCCAAGGAGCGGCUGACUUGUCAGAAAGGGCCAACCUACCACCGCCCAAAGUGCCAAAAGUCUCUAUUGGGACUUCUCAAAGCUCUUCGCCUCCUGCAAAUUGUUGUUCCAAGUCUGUUGCAUGCUUUUACCUCCAUUUCACUCAAAGCGGGAAGCAGCCCCAGGGCAGCUAUUAUGCAAUAUACCUAGCGGAUCGCACUUCUCUCAAUUUGAAAGUCGAGCUUGCGGAGAAACUGCAGAUCGACCCUUGUCUUAUCUCUCGUUUAAUUUGGGUCAAUAGUAAAGGCUUGAAGGUCCUGGUGGAUGACGAUAUGGUUCAACAACUUCCCGAGGCGCUGAUCAUGAUUGCAGAUAUCUGUGAACUCUCGUACACAGAAAUGGCUCCCUCCAGCGCAAAGUGCUCUGGGGUGGAAGUAAAGCUCGUGUUCUAG